AUGGAAGAUAUGAAGAUACGCAGACUCCCAGAGCCCUUUCUCUACAAUUCCAUUGCUCGGCUGACUAAGACAGAGACCGUUCUUUGGCCACUUUUUCAACUCUCCUGCCGGUGUCCUCGAGACACGAACCGUGGUGAACACACUUUUGCCUACUUCAGUCGUCAAGGGUCGGCCCUCGUUACACGUCAAGUCGAUCUGCCCAGCCAUCCGGCCAGUUUGUCUGCCUGCCUCGUUUGCCCCACCUCGACUGCAGUCGGUAUGAUUCACACUGAAUCGACACUGGGAACAACCGGUCUUGGCUGUCGAGACCCGCCGAACGAACGAGGCGAUGCAAGGGGAUUUGACGACUCCCCAGCCUCGGGAGGACAGCAACCGGACACGGAAUCAGAAGCUUCAAGAUCCCCGUGUGGGCCUGACUACCACAAGGUGGAACCAGUGACCCAAGUGUGCUGUAGAAAGUCUCUACAGACCGAGCCACGACGGUUUCCGUCAUUCAGUCGCCCAGUUGGACCAUCGUAUUCAUACCCUGUGGAACACAUGGUCACAAAUUUGAUUCUAAUCUGGCUAUGCUGUUUACAUGUACGCUUCAAUUUUGGCCAUAGCGAAUAA